UGGCGGAGGAUACAGUGUAACUGAGGAUCAGCGGCGGAGUUACGUGAGUUUUCCCAGCAGUUGAGUCGUCAAAGGGCGCAUUAAAUGAUACAUGAGGAGAGGACAAUGUGUUCGGCUGAGGCUCACACUGAGGGGAAGCAAAAACCGACCUGAACUGCCACGUACGAGUAAGAUGGAAAAAUGUAUCGCUGUUUAGUGCAGUCAACAGCCUUGGGCAACAAAUAUGGCUUCUUGUGCCUUUUUCAAUAUGCUAUAAAAAUUGAUCUCCCGUGCAACCUAAUGCCGAGGUGGCUCCGGCUAACUUCUGCAAGCCGCGAUAAGUUGAGUUCAAUAGUCGCUCGGUACUUUUGAUCGCUGAGGAUUUUACAUCCACUUGGCCGUCUGGGGGUUAGCUGGGAAGCUACGGAACUACAGCGGAUAGCAAUGGAGCCAAAGCACAAAGAGUUGCUCGACCAGUGCCACCAGAACUUACUGGAGUCCAUAACAGAUGCAGACCGAGUCAUAGAGCUGCUCAUAGUCUCUGGUACCUUGAGUCAGCUCGAUAGGUUCGAGCUGGACCAGAACUGUUCGUCCAGCGCCGAGAAAGUGGACCACCUUUUGAAGAUGCUGAUGAACAAGGAGAGCGACCAUUUCCUCGACCUGUGUGUGGCCCUGGAGAAGGCAUACCCUGACCUGUAUACUACCCUGUUCAGCAACAACGGCGGUGGACCUGUGGACCACUCCACCGGUUCUACAUACAGCGUUCUCUCCACGAUGCCCUCUGACUCAGAAAGCAGCAGCUCCCUCAGUAGUGUCGGUUCCCCAGUUAAUGGUGAAGCGUCCUCCCCACCCCCAGCUAUCAACGACAACCGGCCAUCCGGCGACAACCUGGACACCAUCUUGUUCCAGCUCCGCCAGGUGACCAGGGAGAGGGACGAGCUCCGCAAGCGUCUGGCGUUGGCAUCGCCUGGGACCACCUUCGACGACUGCAGGCCAAAUUCUAAACCCAGUCAUGACUACGAGCGUCUGAAAAGUCAGUGCAUGAGGGCCAUGGCAGAUCUGCAGUCUCUCCAGAACCAGCAUACCAAAACACUAAAGAGGUGCGAGGAGGCCGUGAAAGAGGCCGACUUCUACCACAUGCUGCACAGCCGCGUCUUGGGCGAACAGACGCAGCUGAAGGAGGAGAUGGAGACGCUCAGGAGGGACAACGCCCAGCUCGUCCGAGAGCACAACCACGUGAAACAGAACUGCGAGGAGCUCAAACGGCUGCACGUUCAAGACCAGAAAGAGUUGGCAGACCUUCGGCUGCAGCAACAGCAGGUAAUGAGAGAGAAGGGCUCCUCCGAGGUGUUAAACAAACUGUAUGACACGGCGAUGGACAAGCUGGAGGGCGUGAAGAAAGAGUAUGACGCUCUAAGCAAGCGCUACAGUGAGAAGGUGGCCAACCAUAACACAGACCUGAGCCGCCUGGAGCAGGCCGAGGAGGAGAACCGGAGGCUGCAGAAGCAAAUGGAUGCGCUGCUCAAGCAGCGAGACUCAGCAAUGCACUACCAGCAGCAGUACUCCACCUCCAUGAGGAGGUUUGAUUCGGUGCAACAAGAGCUGAAUAAAUCCUCGGCUCAGAACAAGGAGCUGCAGAGAGAGAUGGAGCGCCUGCAGUCAGAGGUGACACGCUACAAGAACCUGCAGCUGAAGGCGUCAAAGGAUUGUGAUAAGUUCAAGGAGGAGAGAGACUCUGUGUUCAACGAGUACCGUCUCAUCAUGAGCGAGAGGGACCAGGUGAUCAAGGAGCUGGACAAGCUGCAGACAGAGCUGGAGGCCGCCGAGGCUCGACUGAAAAACACAUCUUCAGAGAGAGUGGUGGCCAGUGAAGAGCUGGAGGCACUCAGACAGGAGUUGAACUCGUCGCUGGUGGACCGUGACCGGGCCAUCUGCGAGAGGAAUGAGCUGCUGGAGAAGUACUGCCAUGAGGUGAAGGACAAGGCCGAGGCCCAGAAGGAGCUGAGCCAGGCGUGCAAGGACAUUGAGAUGGUCCGGGAGGAGAGGGACGUGGCCCGCAAGGAGAGGACGGAGGCCAUCAUUCAAAGGGAUCAGCUGCUGCGAGAGUACUACCAGGCCAGACAGAAACAAGAUUCGGCCACCCUGGAUAUGGAACGCGCCAAUAAGGAGAUUGAGAUGCUGAGGAAACAGUACGAGGCCAUGUCCCAGGAACUGAAGGAGGCCACACAGGAGGCUGAGGUGGCCAAAUGUCGACGAGACUGGGCCUUUCAGGAGAGGGACAAAAUAGUAGCGGAGAGGGAGAGUAUAAGGACUCUGUGUGACAACCUGCGGCGGGAGAGGGAUCGUGCUGUCAGCGAUUUGGCCGAUGCCCUGCGAAAUCUGGACGAUAUGAGGAAACAGAAAAAUGAUGGGCUGCGAGAGCUCAAAGAACUAAAGGAGAAGAUGGAGAGCCAGCUGGAAAAGGAAGCCCGGUUUUGUCAGCUAAUGGCCCACAGCUCACACGACUCGGCCAUUGACACGGACUCCCUGGAGUGGGAGACGGAGGUGGUGGAGUUUGAGAAAGACAGGGAGGACAUGGAUUUGAAGGCACUUGGGUUUGAUAUCGCAGAGGGGGUAAAUGAUCCGUAUUUACCAGGAGAUUGUGGAAUAUUCGUUACAAGGGUGGACAAAGGAAGUAUCGCAGAUGGAAGGUUAAGAGUAAACGAUUGGUUGUUGAAGAUUAAUGACAUGGACCUGACCAAUAAGGACAGGAAGCAGGUGGUGAAGGCGGUCCUUAACGGUGGAGGUUUGAUCAACAUGGUGGUACGAAGACGAAAGUCUCUGGGCGGAAGGUUGGUCACUCCUGUUCACAUCAACCUGCAGGGACACAAAGACAGUGGAAUCGGUCUGGAAAGCGGCGUGUUUGUCACUGCCCUCGUCCAGGGCAGCCCAGCAGCUAGAGAAGGUUCUUUAACAGUCGGAGACAGACUGAUCGCUAUAAACGGCAUCGCUCUGGAUAACAAAUCUGUGACAGAGUGCGAGGCUCUGCUCAGGAGCUGCAGGGACUCUCUCAGCCUUUCUCUCAUGAAGUUCUUUCCUCACAGCACAUCAGGCCAGAACAUCUUUGAAAGUCUGCGUGAUUCAUCAGAGAAGUCCAACGGGCGCCUCCACCCGUCAGAGAUUCACUCCAGGAACAGCCGUAACCUCAAACAUAACAGCUCCACGCAGACAGACAUCUUCUGUCCGGAUGUUGGAAGCACCAGCACAAGCAGCAUUUCUGGGGAGAGAAGGAAGGUCAGGGGAGAAUCCGACGAAGUGUACAGCGAUAUCAGCAAACCGUUCUCCACAGGUUCCCUCCACGCCACCAGCCUGCGGCCGGCAUCAGAAUUAGGCUCCGGCCGCUAUGCCAGUGCUUUCCAGGAGUGCUGCUCCUACACGAAGGCACCCUCCUCCCUGCCCUUUGACCCCGUCUCUGCCUCGGACUGCAUCACGAUGGAGACAACUCUGGAGAAGAAGCACAGUGGGGGAACGUGGCCCAAAAUGGUUGCUGGAGGGAUGUCGGUGGCGCCGGAUAACACCAGCCCAAUCACAGCCGCAGCACAGCUCUCUAUCUACAAGUCGCCCAAACAGAGGAAGUCCAUCUUUGACCCGGACACUUUCAAACGCCCUGAAACGCCUUCCUCAAAGAUGGAGUACAUGGCAGCCAAUCAGAUUGCAGCAGUAGCCGCAGCUGCUGCAGCCUCACACUCCCCACAGCCUUCAAAGACAGACUCCCUCUCCUCCUCAUCAACCCCUACUCCAACCCCUCCAACCCCACCCACUCGCAGUGACUCCUUUAAGUUCAAACACAAGCAUCAGAGCAGCUCCGCCUCUGACUGCACCAUCACCUCCGAUGGCAAAGGAGAGGCCGCCAUCUCCAUGGCAGCGGGAGAGAGCAGAGAGAGGAGCGAGCGGGAAAGAGACAGGAACGGAAACCACUAUUUUGUGGACGGUAAGGUCCUGACCUCAAGAAAGUCAUGUGAUGAGGACAUCGGCAGAACCAGAGGGGAGGAGCCUGAGGUGAAGAGGCCCCGCCCUAAAUCUGCUCCCGCUCUUCGACGUAGGAUGACCCCACAGACCAUCACACUCCCCACCUUCCAAAGUUACUCUAAUGAUGAGCAUUCGCCCGAGCCCAGGGACAUGCUGCGUUCAUCCCCCAGCCGCUCCCACAGGCACAGCGUUGGCUUCGUCCCCACCGUCUACAACGGCUCCCUACCUCCCAAUUCAGCCCACCGAGGUCUGGCUCCUUGCCCUGCUGUGACGGCGGUGAUGAGGAAUCCAGUCUACACUGUGCGCAGUCACCGUGUUCACACCAGCAACUGUCCGUCUGUCGCCUCGCAGAUCUGUCACCAGCACUCUCACACCAGCCCACAGCACCAGGGUCGUCUGAGCCUGGACCUGAGCCAGCAGAAGCGCACAGGCGACUUCUCCGAAUCCUCAUCGUCACGCAGCAGCAGAGCCUCACACGGUACAAACUCACUGCCCUCCAGUGCACGACUCGGUCAGUCUGACACGCACGCAAGCAAGCUUGCACACAUCAAAGGUUCUUCCAAUAACGUCCAGUACCGCACAGAGAGGAUAAAAAUCCCUUCAACUCCGCGCUACCCUCGCUCCAUGCUGGGGUCAGACAGAGGCUCCCUCUCACACUCUGAGUGUAGCAGUCCCAGUCUCAUCACGCCGCCACAAUCACCACUCAAUCUGGAGACCUCCUCGUUCGCCAGCAGCCAAUCACAAGGCUCAAUUUCCACUUUACCUCGGAUCUCUGUCAGCCCUGUGCCGAUAGGGGAGCGCAGGAAAGACAGGCCAUACUUGGAGGAACCCCGCAAUGUCAUCGUGCACAAAGGUGCAGAGCCGCUGGGCAUCUCCAUCGUCGGCGGGGAGAAUGGAGGAAUCUUUGUGUCGAAAGUUACUGGAGGUAGCAUCGCCCACCAGGCUGGAUUGGAGUACGGAGACCAAUUACUGGAGUAUAACGGCAUCAACCUGCGGAACGCCACUGAGCAGCAAGCUCGCCUCAUCAUUGGCCAGCAGUGUGACACCAUCACCAUCAUGGCCCAGUACAACCCACACAUGUACCAGCUGGGAAACCACUCUCGAUCCAGCUCCCGUCUGGAGCCGGUCAGCACUCAGUCGACUCCCCAGGGGAGUGGAGCUGCCACGCCUGACAAUCACUCCGCCAUCGAUACGCUCAGCGAGCAGGAUGAGGGCACGCUCACCCCCUCCUCCAAACAGACCACGCCCACCACAAGCCCACACAAUUUCAUCAGAAUGCCGUCUGAGGGCAGCAGGAAGGUGGGUGAGCCUCGGCUUGUGACGGUGCGCAGGCCGGGGGUGGAGGUGGGAGUGAUGCUCAGUGGAGGGAACCUGCGGGGUGUCUACAUAGAGAGCCUCGAUGAGGACAGUCCUGCCAGAGGGCCUGAUGGGCUGCUCCCUGGGGAUCUUAUCCUGGAGUACAACUCGGUGAAUAUGAAGAAUAAGACGGCUGAAGAGGUGUACGUGGAGAUGCUGAAGCCUGCGGAGACGGUCACAAUCAAGGUGCAGCAUCGGCCCGAUGACUUCAACAUGCUCAAAGAUGUCCCAGGAGACGGCUUUUAUAUUAGAGCACUUUACGACCGGGUGGGGGAGGCCGAGGGGGACCUGAGUUUUAAGAAGGACGACAUCCUGUAUGUGGACGAGUCUUUACCAAAGGGCAGCUUCGGGACCUGGAUGGCCUGGCAGCUAGACGAGAACGCACAGCAGAUCCAGAGGGGGCAGAUUCCCAGCAAGUACAUGAUGGACCAAGAGUUUUACCGCAGGCACAGCGUAACAGAUAUGAAGGAAGACUCCGGUAAGACUCUGUCUGCAGCUGCCCGCAGGUCCUUCUUCAGGAGGAAACAGAAACACAAACGCAGCAGCUCCAAAGACAGCAAAGAGAUGGUGGCCCUGGAUGCCAUCAGCACAGACUCCAUCCCGUUCCUGGAUGACUGUGUGAGCCUGGCAUACCAGCGGGUCCAGAAGGUGGACUGCACAUCACCCCGGCCGGUCCUCGUCAUUGGGCCUCUCACUGACCCUGUCAAGGAGAUGCUGGUCAAAGAGUCUCCUGGGAAGUUCUGCAGAUGUGUACUGGAGGUGAUGAAGGCAUCUCAGCAAGCCAUCGAACGGGGCGUCAAGGACUGCCUCUUCAUCGACUACAAGCGCAGAAGUGGCCAUUUUGAUGUGACCACUGUUGCUUCUAUAAAGGAAAUAACAGAAAAGGGUUGUCACUGUUUGCUGGACAUCGCCCCGCACGCCAUCGAAAGGCUCCACAGUGUUCACAUUUAUCCUAUCGUUGUCUUUGUCCGCUACAAAAACGCCAAGCAGAUAAAGGAGCAGAAAGAUCCUGUUUAUCUGCGGGACAAAGUAUCUCAAAAACAUUCCAAGGAGCAAUUUGAAAGUGCACAGAAGAUUGAACAAGAAUACAGCAAAUACUUCACAGGUAUUGUCCAGGGCGGCACCCUCCCUUACAUUUGCACUCAGAUCAUGACUAUAGUUGAUCAAGAACAAAGUAAAGUCCUGUGGACUCCACUCGGCUGCCCCUAGAAGAGGCUGGCUGCCACUACAGGAAGCUGCGGCUUUCAUUUCCAUUCCCUGCAAACACUAAUUAACCCUUUCACACUAUACCAAUAGGUACACUGCAGUGAGCUAGUUCUGUAAAUUAUUGAUAUUUUUUUAUUUUGUCUUUGUUAUGGUUUAUAAUCAGAGCCUCCUUUUACUUCUGAUGAACUCCGGAGCAGGUUUCGUAGCACUGGAUCUUGAUGUUCAAAGUUCAUUCAGUCUUCCCUAAGGGUUUCUGGUGGUGUAUUUGUAAUGCUGCAUCGUAAAGCGUCCUGUUUACAGUCAAAAGACAAGUCUAACUAACUAUCGGUGUUCAAUAUUAGCUUGAAUGCGUGUCCCUCCCCCAUGUGAACAGACACCUCAAACACUAAUGAAGUUCAGCCACUUUGACCCACUCGUGUACCAGAUGAUAUUGUGGUUUCCCUACGAUUAUGCACCCAUAUGUCGACGACUGACAACUAAUUAUGUGAGUUUGUUUUUGUGCGUGUGUGUGAGUGAGAGAGAUAAAACAUUGAAACUGACAGUUUGAGUUGCAUUGAGUUGUUUGUUGGCAUGAUUAAGAUGCUAUAGAAAUGGAGUGCUAGGAUCAGACAUCACAUUCCUCUUGUGGCGUUUCAUCACAAAAAAACUUGCAAACCUCUUGAAGUAUGUAGCUGUGGUCUUUACCAAACCCGACUGCCAACAGUGACGGCCUCAUAAAACACACCGAUGUUUGCUCUAUGCAUUUUGUUUCUAUAGUAGCCGGGCGUGUGGACGGUUCAUGGGCCUUUCUGAAGUGCCUUCGGAGAAGAAGCCUGAUCUCAAACCAGCCCCUAGUCACCUGGCCACGAUAUUGGGAGAGUCUGUAAGGCUUCACUACAAGAUUUAAUGCACCAUUUAAUCAAUAAUAGGUCUGAUCUCAAUCUCCACCCUAAGCACUGAACCCUCACGGGCUUUAAUGGCGUCACAUGUGCAGUAGGAGAGAGUUUGAGGGCUCACACAAAUAUUAGUAGAACACUAUCAUGACAUUACAUGUUACCUGGAGCAGGAUGAGCCUUAAAUAAUGAAAAAGCCUGGUAGCACCUUAUUUUAAAGGGCCUUAAUUACCUUGUAAUUUUGUUGUAAUAAAUGUUAAAUAGCUAGUAGUUUCUCAAGAAUAAGGUGUUAAUUACCUUGUAAUAAGCUGGCAUUUUACCAAGUAGUAAAUCUGUAAUAUUAAGGAAGUAUUUAAUAAUGUAUUGAUUAUCAAGCAAUUCCUCCUGUGGCAGUUCUCUGGUAAUUCAGUGGUAUUUUACUCUAACCCUAGCCCUUUAACCCUUACCUUAACCCUCGCCCUUGUAAUAAGGCAAUUCUCUGGUAAUUAGGUGGUGUUUUACUCUAACCUUAGACAUCUAACCUUUACCUUAACCCUAACCCCUGUAAUAUUGUGGCAAUUCUCUUGUAAUUAGAUGGUAUUUUACCACCAGUAUUUUGUAGAAAUAAGAUGCUAAUGCUCUAUGUAAGUUGCUUAAUAGUUCCAAGGCAGUUUCUUUAUUUUGGUCCAUUAAUUAAAGUGAGUCCUUCCUGAAUAAUUUCCAAGUAUUUUUUAGGGUUAGGUUAGGGUGAAAGUUGCCACAUUAUUAUAAGGAAUUCCUUUAUGAUUAAUAGAUUAUUACUUGGUAAAAUGCAAACUUAUUACAAGGAAAUUACACCUUGUUAUGGAGAAAUUACUAUAAAAAUACACUUAUUACUAUGAAAUUACUAGGUAAUUAGGGCCUACUAAAAUAAAGUGUUACCAUAAAGCCCACUCCUAGUAUGUAAUUGUUUUUCAAAAUGAUUUUAAGCACACUUGAAAAGCCCAGAAAAGCUUUAAAAUGUCUUUAAAAAAACAAGAGUAAUAAAGAAGGCUGUGUCACUUUUACUAAUUUGAGUUUUCACUUAUUCUCCACGCUAGCUAUGAUGAAAUGCAACCUUCUUUUUUAAACUGUCAUACUGCUUCAAUAUACAGGCAUUUGCUUAUGUUUAGCAGGCGAUCAUGUCUUUCACAUCCUAAACUUUGCAAUAAAUCCAAGGCAAGUCCGACAGGAAAGUAUGCAAGUGUGCAGACUCGCAUUUAGUACACAAUCUGCCAUCAGGAAGUCUGCAUCAGAGCCUUCGUACACUUGCUGUAAAUGCGCUACAAAGUCCGUGAGUCUGAGCGUGGAGAUAGGGAUUCACCCACAGGCUGGGUGACUCAGGAGCUGUUUUGAGAUCAGUUUUGUGUUGAGCGCAUGACAAUGGCGAGGUUUAGAGGGUAGGCCGAAGCGGCGGCCAACGGGUUAACUCCUCAGAAUGCACUCCAGGGCUAGACAGACCACUGUGUAACUAUCAUUCUAUCUCUUUAACAUAUAUUUAACAACCAUAUAGAGUAUAACAUAUACAGUAUGCAGAUACAUCUGAGAAAAAAAAAGCAAAUAUAUAUAAAUAUAUAUUACAUGUAUUUUCACUAGGUUGUACGCCUAGGAUUGUCUGGCGGUCGAGUCAUGUCUUAGCAGGUAUUAGCAUGUUUUUUUUUUUUUUUUUAUUCUUUUUUGUUAUUUUCUUUUCGUGGUCGGUUUGUCAGUCACUUAUCAAUGUACUCAUUAAAAGAGACACUAUGAAGCAAAAUUUGCAGGGUAAUAUCUGUAAAGGAUUUUCCUCUGAUCUGUUUAAAUGUUAGUGACUUUUGUUAUUUAAUUGUAUUUUUUAUUCAGGAGGUGAAAAAUAUUGACAAAAAUAUUCAGCCCUUCCUCAAAAGAAAACCAUAUCCUGAAUCUUUAUUGUGCCAAAAUUCACUGAGUCAACUUUAUCCUUUUUUUUAAUUUCUGUUUUGCACUUGUUUAUCUGUUAACCUUAAACAUGUAACUGUUCUUAGGUUUUCAGUAGACUACAAUAGGUACUAUAAUUUCUACUGAAACUAAUACACCUUUAUAUCGCUUACAUCAGUUCCUUACAUUUCAUUGAUGGCCUUUUUUAUUUUGAUUAGAAAAAAAAAGGAUCACUUCUUAUUUGAAUUCUUAAAAAGGGAUCUAUUCUUGCACAGUUUUUCAAAGGAAAAUUAGUCCAAAAGUUUGACUUAUUGGGCUAAAGCAGAAGUAAAGUGUAAUGUUACUAUUUUUCUGACUAGAUAGCAUAGAGAGAGAGACGGAUACAACGUGAAAUGCUUGUAUUUUUAGUGAGGGUCUAGUUACCAGGUACUGAUUGAACUUUUCUUUUAUUAAAAAGAAUGUGAUUUGUAUG